CAGCAGUGCGCACCUACAACAGUCGAAGUUCGGUUGCAGCAAACCACGCAGAGAGGUAUGCAAUCCUAGUAGCUACGGACCAUCGUCAUGACCAAACAAUCCGCCUCGUGUUCCAUCACUCUAACCAAUAUGGUAAAGAACGGCAAUAGUAGGAGGAAGUCUCGCUCCCUGAACAGUACCCCGGAGAGUUUCGAGUUCCAGCAGCUAUUGCCACCGGUGUCCAUCGUUACGCCUCUCCCGCCGACCGGGACCCGCUGCUAUCAGUCUUCGCUGAGAAGCUACAAUAAGUGGUCCCCGACGGAGCAAGGUGCGACACUGGUUUGGCGGGAUUUGUGUGUGUAUGCUACCGGGAAAGGAGGCGAUCAGAGUCGGAUCAAGCGAAUUAUCAACAACGUGAGUGGAGCGGUCACACCGGGUACGCUAAUUGCGCUAAUGGGUUCCAGUGGAGCCGGAAAGAGUACUCUCAUGUCAGCGUUGGCCUACCGAACACAGCCUGGCACCGUUGUACAGGGUGAUAUUCUAGUUAACGGCCACCCAAUAGGACCUUACAUGUACCGGCUGAGCGGAUUCGUUCAUCAGGAUGAUCUGUUCAUGGGUUCGCUGACGGUCGGUGAACAUCUCUAUUUCAUGGCCAAGCUAAAACUGGAACGGGGUGCCAACCGACAGAACAUCUCUCGUUUGAUUCAGGAACUGCUGGAGAGAACCGGACUUGCCAAGUGCGUCGAUACGAGAAUCGGUGAAGUCGGCGAAGGUAAAAUGCUUUCCGGCGGCGAAAAGAAACGACUCGCAUUCGCCACGGAGCUGUUGACCAAGCCGACGAUUUUGUUCUGCGAUGAACCGACAACCGGUUUGGACUCGUUCAGUGCACAAACUCUAGUUUCGACUCUGCAACUGCUUGCCAAACGAGGCACUGCCAUUAUCUGUACGAUACAUCAACCUUCGAGCCAGUUGUUCUCCAUGUUCGAUCAGGUUAUGCUGCUGGCUGAUGGACGCGUUGCUUACGCGGGGAAACCCAACGAUGCGCUGGCAUUUUUUGAACAGCAAGGCUACAACUGUCCCUCCAACUACAAUCCUGCCGAGUUUCUGAUUGGCGUGCUGGCCACUGCUCCCGGAUAUGAGAAGGCCUCUCAGCGAUCUGCUCAACGUCUGUGCGAUCUGUUUGCCGUCAGUGAAGCCGCUGGUCAGCGUGACGUUCUGAUCAAUCUGGAGAUGCAUAUCGCCGAAAGUGCUAAUUUUAACGUAAAAGACGCGAAGAAUCUUUUCCGGAAGCCGCUUUGGGUUUUUACAACCUUUUGGUUGACCUAUCGAGCCUUUCUGGUUGUGGUGCGGGACCCAACGAUUCAGUGGUUGAGACUUCUUCAGAAAAUCGCUAUCGCCCUCAUGGCAGGACUUUGCUUUUCCGGUGCCAUCAAGCUCGACCAGCUCGGCGUGCAAGCCAUUCAAGGCAUUCUGUUCAUCUUCGUUUCGGAAAACACCUUCUCACCGAUGUACUCGGUCCUCUCGGUCUUCCCGGAUACCUUUCCGCUGUUUAUGCGUGAAACUAAAUCCGGCCUGUACCGAACCUCUCAGUACUACGUAGCCAACGUGCUGGCCAUGCUACCGGGACUCAUUGCCGAACCGCUGAUCUUUGUCAUUGUAGCGUACUGGUUGGCAGCGUUGCGUCCAACGUUGGCCGCCUUCACCAUCACGGUCAUCGCUUCUACGCUGGUGAUGAACGUUUCCACUGCCUGUGGGUGCUUCUUUUCGGCUGCCUUCAACUCGUUGCCGCUGGCGAUGGCCUAUCUGGUUCCGUUCGAUUACAUCCUCAUGAUCACGUCCGGUGUGUUUAUCCAGCUUAGCUCGAUGCCGGCUUCGAUCUCCUGGAUGCCGUACAUUUCCUGGAUGAUGUAUGCGAACGAGGCGAUGUCGAUCGCUCAGUGGCAGGGCGUUACCAAUAUCACAUGUUCCGUGGAGGAUCCCAACCUGCCGUGCUUGCGUACCGGAGAGGAAGUUCUGAUUCACUACAGUUUUGACGAGUCGCACCUCUGGCGAAACAUCUGGGCGAUGGUGGUGAUCUACUUUGGCUUUCACCUGCUCGGGUGCUUGUUUCUGUGGCGCAAGACGAGACAUGGUUAGAGUUUCGUUUUUGGUUUAUAUAGAAUUUAGGGAGAGAUUUUUAUGCUGACUAAAGAAAAUAAAGCGUU